UCUGGUCCUGAUUCUGACUCUGUUUACCACAGACGUUGCUGUGAUGUGAGUGUUCGUGAAUGCAUCUCGCGGUAGACGAGUGGCAGUGAGAAAGUGUCGUUCCGACGAGUAGGGACUCGAGACGUGUUGGCCAGUUGGAACGAGGCACGUUAGCAGAGAAGGGCCGCUGAGGUAAAGUGGAGACUAUAACAUUGCAGUAUCCAGAGACGGACAUUGCAACAAGGGUCGCGGGUAUGAUGGGGGCCUAUCCCAGCUGACUUCUGGGGAGAGGCGGGGUACACCCUGGACUGGUCGCCAGCCAAUCGCAGGGCACAUACCAUUCAAAUAAAUGUGGGAUGCUGAUGAUGCUGCUGGUCUGGAUCCUCUGCUAUGCCAUUGUGACCGAGGCCUGUCUGCAGUGCGACCAAAGCAUCAGCAAUAUGCAUGAAGAUUUUAUUUUGUCCAUUUCCACUGUGGCUGACCAGAUUAAUCUGAGAACUAUUAUGGAAGCAGCUCAUGCAUCAUACAAAAAAGAAAGCCAGAAAUGGAAGGGCGUCAUAGAUCCCACCACCUUCUACAAAGCCAAAACGGAGUACCAGAAUGAAUUUAAGCGCUGGUUGGCACUGGAGCGCAGUGGCGCUAUCACAGUGGAAGCCAUUAGUAUCAUGAACAAAGGCAAGACAAUCUUAAAUAAACACUUGGAUACGUUCAUCAAUCAGGGAUUGUGCCCUAACAAGUGCGGGCUCCUGAACAGAAGAGUAAUGGAUUGUAUCACAUGCCGCUACAAGAUGUACAGCUGCCCAUCUCCAUCUGGCCAAGAGGAUUGUGGCGAAUACCCAGUGAAGGCUGAAGAGGAAGGUCAGGCUGUACUGGACUGUUACCAGCCAUGGCAUUCUCUUCUGUUGGGGAACCGAGAGUACCACUACUCCUGGGCCCCUGCUGUGCCAAAAGACAGGAAGCUCAGUGAGAGUGACUUCAAAGUCUUGGUAGUGAUGGAGGACUCGUUCAUGGUGUUAAAUCAGCUACGCUUGGACGACCAAGGGGCAUACCGGUGCUCACUGCAGGGAAAAGAUGGGACCAUAUUCUACAAAGUCACAUACGUCCUCACGGUCACUCCAAAGCCGACUAAAAUAUCCCGACCUCUCACGAUACUGCCUUCACUGACUCCUGACGACGACGAGUCGCUUUUUCAACGCUCCGAAGGCGUGCUGGUGCCGCUCAUGGCUACAGUUACUGCUUUAAGUCUGGCAGGGAGCCUUGCCUUCGCUUUUGUCCUCGGAAAGAUGAUCAUUAAACGAAGAACCAGAAAGCAGACGACGAGGAUGGAGGAGGAAGAAGAUAACACAGCAUUUUCUGUGACAGAAACUGCACACAGCAAAUGAUGUCAUCUGUGAGGGGAAACUUGAAACGUACCUGAUGUUUGUUUUACUUCUUUGGCCUGCUUGGCUGUGCCCCCCUCCACUAUACACCACAAACAAAAAAAAACAGACAAGUCAUUAAGUCAUACCAACCAAUCACACUAACAAAUACCAUUGAUCCUCCCAGCUUCCAUACUGAUUAUGUCACUGAGAGGUACCAGCUAAGUGGGACUAAGUGGCACUAAGUGGGAAUCAGUCCCACAACAGCUACAUGAAAGUCAAGCAUGUGAAGCCCUACCCUACCAAUACCGAUAACUGCAGUCCCAUCACUUGACAUCUUGCCAAAGCACACCGCAAUGUCACUUAAUAUGACUUGUCUGUGUUGUACUGACAUUUGUGCUUCCUUGUGUUGUUAUAUAACAUUGAUAAAAAUGUGACACCGAAUAUGGAUUGUUACCUGUUUUUGUCCUUGUUGCUACAGUACUGAAUGUUUCCCCUGAAGUUUCUGUCGAUCGUCACCAAAGCUAAUCAGUCGGAUGGCGAUUGACCAAAUUUAGAUUCAUUAAAUUUGGAGACAAUCAGGAAAAGUUAUGACAAUUGACUGAUGGGGGUCCCAAAUUAAACUACGAUUUUGCUUUUUUUUUUUUUUUUUUAAUAUUAUAGUCAUAAAUCAAUCAAAACCAUCUUUGUUUUGACUUGUUUUUUGGCAGUAAAAGCUAAAUCCACAUUGUUUAAAACGUAAACAUCCAUAUUGACCAACCUAUAUCUACCCUAUACCUGCAUGGAAUGGUGUGGUCUUGCCUUCGCUCACAGACCGGUGACUGUGCUUUGUAGCGGCCAGAGUGUUACAGUGCUGCCUAGUACUAUAAAGUUUCCAAAAUAAUUGUCCCGGAUUUAGAAACAAAAGUACAUGUCCCCGUUUGAGCUCAAAAGGGAAGCAAUUUCUGCUUUAUGACUGUGAGAAUAGAAAAUGAACCUGCUGUGUCACAAUACCAUGGUGAUGUAUCGGUAAACAUGUCAGGCAAUGGAUGUCUUUUCAAAUCCAGGCUACAACAACUAAUUGUUUGUGUCUAAUGGUGUUUUGUACUUAAAAGAAAUUCAUGAACAAUUUGUUUCACAUGUAUCUGUAUUACUCAAAACAUGCAUCUAACUAAAUUCAAGUGCGAGUCCAAGAGCAUAAAAAUAGCUUUUAAGGGUCCGGUAGGUCCUCAACAUGUAGUGAGCACAGCUGCUCAAUGUGUUUUUUUUUCAUGGGGCCCAGAAUUCCUGGCGGCUCCCUUUGGUGACAAUGCUACAGAAAGGAAAUAAAGGAAAUGAACAUACUUUAGAAUAGAAUAGAGAACAUAGAACCAUGUUGUAGUCACUAUGUAUUCUUUACACUGUAUUCUUUACUUGCGUAUCUUGCUUGCUGCUGUAACAAGUGAAUUUCCCCGCUGUGGGAUAAAUAAAGUACA